AUGACACCAGCUAUUCUUGGUGCAGAUGUGGAUGGUCUAAAUGGCUUUCAUCCUGCAACAUCCAAGGUCAAUCUUGACUCGACCGAAAGAAUCCCAAAUGGCCACCAUCCCUCAAUUUCCACGACAAUCCCGUUCAGAGAUAUCACUACCAAUGAUCACCCAGCGGCCUUCGAACCCGACACAUGUAAUGGGAACCGUCACCAUCUCUCGGCACCCGCAAACGGUCUUUCAAAAGAACCCACACGCGAUCAUGAACAAGCAGACUCUGAUAUCUCAGACUGUUACCGCCCUGCGGCAUCUGCUACAAGCACUUCUAUUAAUCCCACAGACGACGCCCAUCAAACGGAUUCUGACAUCGCAAACGGUAACAUCUUUGAGAAGAUGCAGAACAGAAAAGUGGAUCUCGGCCCUCAUGCCAGCAUCGUUGUGCGAGAGUGGAAGCUCUUGCGGAACUCAGUCACUAAUGUGACGCCCACGUAUGUUGAUACCGACUAUCUUGGGGUUGCCAAAAUCACUGCAGUCUCAAAGCAUGGCAUGAAUGUAAAGCUUAAAGACAAAGCUGCCGCUACAAAGCGUGUCAACGAGAGCGUAGAAUUCCUGGCUCAACGCCUUGCGGAUGGUCGUUCUCUCUAUGGCAUCACAACCGGCUUUGGCGGCAGUGCUGACCUUCGAACCCUCAAGGUUAUGGACUUACAGCGGGCACUAAUUCAGCAUCAACACAGCGGUAUUCUCCCAGUCGAGAAAAAGGCCGGAUCGAUCCACCUCACCUUGGGCAAAGCGCCGGGCGUCAAUUUCAUGCCCGAAGAAUGGGUUCGAGGUACCAUGCUCGUUCGCUGCAAGUCACUCCUCGCUGCCCAUUCAGCAGUGCGCUUCGAGAUCAUCGAACUAAUUAUAUCAUUGCUCAAUAACGACAUGAUACCUUUGGUUCCUUUGCGUGGCUCUAUUUCUGCAUCCGGGGAUCUUCAGCCGCUGUCUUAUAUCGCCGGAGUACUGGAAGGUAAUCCAGAUUGCUAUGUCUGGACAAAUGAUGGUAAUUUAGGCCGGAUUAUUAUCCCAGCAGACGUGGCACUCGAACAUCUAGUGCAGAAAUCCAUCACUUUUGGACCGAAGGAAGCUCUUGCAGUCUUGAACGGAACCGCUGUAUCCACCGCAGUGGCAGCACUGGCGAUGCAGGAGUCACAUACUCUUUAG